AUGGGGGCAGGGGACGGGGGCCACAGCAGGCGACCAGAGGGUGAAGGGGAGAGGGAGAAACGGGCGGAAGGGGGGGGCACGGACAGGGGGGAAGGAAGCGGCUGCCAGCAACAGGGCGGGGGGGGAGCCAGGGGGGCGCCACCGAAGGGCGCCACCAACGGGGGAUGGAGGAGGGCGGGCACGGAGGGUGCCACAGGUAACGGGACGAGGCACGAGAGGGGAGGGGAGACCGAAGGGCGCGCACCACGGGGUAAGAGGAGGGCGGACACGGAAGGGCCACACCGAAGUGGCGCCAACCUACGGGGGAGAGGGAGAGGCGGCAACGGGAAGGGCCACACAUGGAAGGGCGCCACACGGGGGGCGAGAGGCGGCAGGGAGGUGGGCCAGAACAGGAAAACGGGGGCGAAGAGGGGGACCGAGAGGGAGGCACGACGGGCUCCACCAACGGGUGAUAGAGGAGGCGGGACGGAUGGGGGCACAGGAACGGGGGGAGGCAGCGGGGGGGGCAAGGAGGGGGAGGGGCAGCGAAAUCGGGGCCACCAAGAACCGGGAGUAGAGUAA